CUCACAUCAUAUCCUUCCUGAAAGGUACAGUAUAACUCCAGGGAGAGGAGCUGAUGUGUGAAAGUGCAGGUUUUCACUGCGCUGAUGUGUUGAUCAGCCGCGGCGAUAUUCGGUAACAGGCGGGCGGUCUUACGUUUUUUUCCCCCCUUUUCUCUCGCUUUGAUUUGAGGCAGAAAACUUCAGAGAGUGGAGAUAAAAGCACUUUCGACAAACUUUUGUAACGUUGCCGAAAACGACAUGGUGUGCAUGAUGUUAAGACAGGUGGAUGCUUCAGCAGCGGAUUGUCAUGUACGCCAGUAACCUGAGCACAAACAAGAGCAAGAUGAACAUGCUGACACAACCAAUGCACAGCUGCGUCCUGUUUCUCUGUACAGUAAGCGUCUUCAUUCAGCUAGUGUCCAGUGGCAACCAAAGCUCCCGAGGACAGACAGGUUCAUCACAGGAGAGGACGGGGACUUGUGAAGUGGUUGCUGCUCAUCGUUGCUGCAAUAAGAACAAGAUUGAAGAACGCUCUCAAACAGUCAAGUGCUCCUGCUUCCCAGGACAGGUGGCAGGGACAACAAGGGCUCUGCCCUCUUGUGUUGAAGCGUCCAUUGUGCGUCACAAGUGGUGGUGUAAAAUGGAGCCGUGUCUGCAGGGGGAGGAGUGCCGAGUUCUCCCUGACCUUACCGGCUGGUCAUGCAUCUCUGGGAACAAAGUGAAGACCACGAAGGUGGCGCGGUAACAGGACAGAAGCGGUGUCUCAUCAGUGCACGCCUGCACUGGCCUGCUGCAGACAACAUAACUAAUGCUGGACUCGGAGGACAAUGAAUCAGAUGGAGAAAGGAGCGAUACAGAUCUAGUUAGGUGUCUCUUGACUGAUCUUUAAACUGCGAGAAUUCAUUAUUUUCUUUUCUUUUAGAACUCUUUUGGUAUGUGUAAAUCCCUUGCAGUAGACAAUCUAUUAGCAGUUGACUUAAGAUGAAAUGACGCAGCCCCUUUUCCAAUCCACACAGGCAGUUUCUGCACAGGUCUGUAUCGUUGUUGUUCUGUGCUUGAUAUGCUGGGCACAUUGUGAUGCUCUCAAUCAGAGUUUGGACGGGCCUGCUGGCAGACACUUACAAAGAGAUUUUGUGGAUUUUCUGUAGUCAAAAUGGGAAUCCAGCUUGUGACUCUCCCUCAAAGCAGGAGCCCGCAAAUACUGAGAUAUUUAUGAUUAUGUAGCAUUUGUAGAUGAAGCUGUCCCUUAACUUCACUCUGAGUUUCGUAAAGAGGUCAGAUCCCCUCGGACUAGUUCCUCCAACGAAGAGGCACUCUGACAAACACGCCUGCAUACGUACAUAAGCGUGCGUACACGGAGGCUGCUUUUCAACUCCACUGGUUGGACAGGCCACCACCUGCAACGCUGUGAUGGCAUGCACGCAGGCACGAAGCUGUGAUGCAAAACAAGGGCCGUUUGAAAUGCUAAUCGCGGGGAGAAAGGGGAGAGAAACAGGGGAGAGGAGCUUCUUCAGCGCUUAGAGUCUGUACAUGCUUUUUCUCUCUAAACUGAGUGGCCCUGCGGUGGGGACUGCUUAUAGUAAUGAUGGGAAACAAUGGCGAUACUCUGCCUUGAAGCGAAUCGUAGCCGCUAAAUGAACACAGUGUUUACUGUUUUUACCACUUCCAUCGGUUAUCCUCUUCAUAUGAAUAAUAUUCCUUCAGGACCCACACUGAUUGCCUCACUUUUAUCUCUCAAGUUCAGCCAGACACUUUGCAUUCUACCUUUGCCGCGAAGGGACAUUUUAUAAUGGCACAAACAUAGCAGCUGCAAAUCAUUCCAUCUGAGGCAUCUGCUUGUACGAAUGCCACAUGCUGUGCUGGCUUAAAGGAGCUGAAUUCUAAGCAGUUUGCUAAACACAAUUAUGCAUUAUUAUUGUUUUGGUUGUGACAAGAUGCUCCAGUGAGCUGUCAUAUGGUUCAAGUAUUUAUGCAUGGAUUUGCUUUAUAAACACUUGAGUUUUAAUUGUUAAUGUUAGUGCUGUAGUGAAAAAAACAAAACAAAACAUAUUUUUAAGAUUCGUGUAAUGACAUUUCUUCACAGCAAGAAGGUUCGAAUCCAUCUGCCUUUCUCUGUGGAGUUUGGCGUGUUAUCUUCAUUUGUGAUUCUAAAUUGUUCGUAGAAGGGAGUGUGAGUGUGAAUGGUAGUUUGUCUCCCUGUGUUGGCUCUGUGAUGGACUAGAGACAUGUCCAGGGAUGUACCCCGCCCCCCGCCCACUGACAGCUGGGAUAGGCUCCAGCCCUCCGCAACCCUCCAGAGGACAAGCAGUUACAGAAAAUGAAUGAAUGAAUGAAUGAAGGUAAUUACACUUUCUACAAAAAGGAAGGUGUGAUGCAGCUGUUAACAGUGUUACAAAACUGAACUUACAAGCAGAACGACAUUGGCUGAUGUUCUUCUGUGAGUGUUAAGUUAUGACAUGUGUGUGUUGUUGUUUUUAAACAUGUAAUACAUGUAUAUAACGUGUAGUCAUGAUAUUCCUCAGAGCAUAAUACAAUAAACUCCAGCUAUAGCUCAAG